AUGGUGCGCCACGGACUUCUUGCCUGGCACAAACGAGAGCCUCAGACGGCCGACGGUAUCGGCACGCUACCGGCCAGCAUUGGGAAUCCAACAGCAACGCUUCCACCGUCGAUAGCACCCACCAAUGUCACUCCCAAUCCUUCUGCGACCGCUCCGAUAGCAACUGCUCAAGCCCCGUCGGGACUUACCACCAUCACAGAAACAGAAACUCUCGCUCAGUCCAUCACCAGUCUAAACACCGUCUCAACAAUCACCACCGAACGAGUGCGGAUCAUAACCGAUCCUUUCGAGUAUGCCUCUCUCACGUCCGCGGCUGCUCAAUCGAGCUCGACGGAAACCCGACCGACCACUUCCACGGCUUCAGCUUCGGCUUCGGCUUCGGCAUCGGCUUCUGCCACAACGAGUGCCGCCGCUGCCAACUCCACGUCUAACCUCAGCACUCUUGUGCCUGCGAUUGUCGUCCCGAUCAUCGUUGUGCUGGUGGCCUCCCUGGGGGCGUUCUGGUUCUUCAUGCGUCGGAGGCAUAGAAGAGAACUAGAGAGCCAGCCGGAGUUUGUCAUGACCGGUAAAGGAGAGAAACUCAGCAGCCGGUCGAACAGUGGGAGAUCAACUGCCUCAGAUAUGCCGGUCUUCGAGAAGAGAUCACCCGCCAUCACACAAAAGGAACUUCCCUCUUUAUCUUUACAAACCCCGCCGCCGACCAAUUCCGAGUGGCCAUCAACACAAAUAGGAGUUGCACGACCGUUGACCCCCCAGCAAACAACUCCCGUUCGAAUCCCGUACAAUCCGCCCUUUAGCGACAAACGAUCUGGAAGUCCUUCUCAACCUCGCCAAUAUAAAAAUUUCAAUUCACCUGUACCCAGACCGGCCGGCCCGAUUCGGCCUGUCCCACCACCAUCAAACAGAACCCCCAUGCCAUAUCGCGAACGCAGCGACAGCCUGCCUGGGCCGAGACCGCCGCCUCCUCUACGCACCGUUUCUCGAGACCCCCCAAGAAUGGCUCCUAGUCCUGGCCCAGGCUAUGCGUCUCAACGUACGAGCCCGGUCAGAUCUCCACAAGGAUUCCCAGGAUUACCAGGAAACCCUAGACCGAGUGCAGCAGCAGCAGCAGCAGCAGCAGCAGCGUCGAGUGCCGCUAACGAGUUCCGUCUGCGUGAUCCGUCACCCAGCAUGAACCACCACGUUCGAGCCCAAGCGCCUCCCCAUCUCGCAGCACCUCCACCGGGAGCUUACAAUGGCGCAUCAUCAAUUUCGCAAUACUCCCCGAUCGUCAAGGACGCACCCAUCCGAAUCAGAGGCCCUGGAGCGAAACGCACCCCUCCCCCAGCAAUCAACACAUCCGACAUGGCGAACGAGAAACUGAGCCACACACCAAAUUCAGCCAGCCCACGAGGCCAUGGCUUAACGGAAGAAAACGUCCGCAUCGCCAGACUGGGCCACUCAAACUCGUCUCGUCUGGCUUAUACUCCCGCCGAGCCGAGUCCGUCACCUAAACUGCCUCCUCCUGCAACCCGGUCACAACUGAUCCCUGGCGAUACCCUGAGAGAAGACGAGGACAGUUUCUAUGGCGGCAGCGUCAGCGACCGACCGAGAUCCAAACGUCGCACCCGACCUCCUUCGUCCCCUACCGGCCUUUGGCCGCCGACGUCAAGACAUGCCAGCAUCGUCUCCGACCCGGACGAGUAUGAAGACAUCGAAGCCAAGUCGGACAUCAGCAGUCUGAAUGAGUUUGAACGUUUCGACUUUGGCCCGGAAGUCGGCAGUCGAAGUGCCAGCGCUGCGGGUCGAUCGCUGUAUUACGCCGCGCAGAAUCUUCCGACCGAAUCUCCUUUUGGGGAUGGUGCCACGCAUGAACGAUGGUGA